CGGGGGUAUAAAGGUGCGUGUGCCGGCCGUCGAUGAAAUUAGUUUGGUCAGCUGUUCGAAACCGAUUGUUACCCAUUCGCUGCUCGAGAUGAAACCGUUUGCCUGCAUCCUGGUGAUCCUCGCCGCCGUCCUGUCCGUUGGCCAGGCCUCCCUGGGCGGUCGUCUUGGCGGCGGCGGCGGAGGCGGUGGCUCCAUUGGAGGCAGCGCUGGCGGCAUUGGCCAGCUGCUGCAGAGCAAGCUGGGUGGCCUCGGCGGAGGCUUGGGCGGCGGCCUGGGCGGUCUGAGCGGCGGCCUCGGCGGAAAGCUCGGCGGUGGUGGUGGUGGCUACUCCAACGGCGGUGGCUACUCCGGCGGAUACUCCAACGGCGGCGGAUACUCUGGUGGUGGCGGAUACUCUGCCCCCCGGCCCGUUGAGAAGGUGGUCAUCGUGAAGGUCAUCAACGAGGGCUACUCUGGUGGCCAGUCUGGUGGAUACUCCGGCGGCUACUCCGGUGGCUACUCGGGUGGCUACUCCGGCGCCCAGUCUGGCGGCUGGUCCUCGGGAGGUGCUCAGUCCGGCGGCUGGUCCUCCGGCGGCGCUCAGUCCGGCUGGAACAAGGGCUGGUAAGGAUGGACCCGGCCAGGGACCAACCUCAAAUAGUUCAAACUGCCAAACAAGAAGCCAAGCAGCUUAGGAUUUAAUAUUUUUUUUUAUACUUUUAGAGGUAUUUGUUUGUUAGAAUUUAUAAAUAUACGAGAAAAGAAUUUCCA